AUGGACUGGACUGUGUCUCACUGGCGCAACAAAGCGAGCGAGGAUGCUGAGAGGGAAGGCGAGGUCCAGGCGAGUACAAGUCAUCAGGUACAUGAGGCAGCCCACAAGCUCUACGUAGGGACCACUAGGCUCAAACGGCUCGUCAGGAAAGGGUCCAGUGAGUCUGUGGUCAACGGCAAGAGGUGUGCGCUGUACUGUGGAGUGCUGAAGCUCGAACCGCUGAAGGACCUGCUGCACCAUGUGAGGAAGCAAGCAGGGGACCAGAGACGGGAGGAGAGGGGGAGGAGGGAGGAGAGGGAGAGGGGAGACCGAGGGUCCGAAGACCAGAGACAGGAGGAGGAGGUGGCGGCUGCUGCUGCUGCUGCUGCUGCUGCUAGUGCUACGGCGGCUGCUGCGGUGGCGGCUGCUGCUGCUGCUGCGGCUGCUGCUCCUCCAGCUGCGGCUGCUGCUGCUCCAAUUGCUCCUGCAACUGCGGCUGCUGCGCCUGCUGCUGCUGCUGCUGCUGCCGCUCCUCCAGCUGCUGUAGCUCCGGCUGCUGCCGCUCCAACUCUAGCCCAUCUCGCUCCAACUCCAGCUGCUCCUCACGUGCACAACGAAGACGAGCUUGGUGCCGGGUCGGGUAGGGGUGGGGGGGAGGAGUAG